AUGGACCAAGAAAAGCCUUCACAGCGAGAGCUGGGUACUUCGUCGCAGUUGGCUUCAACCCAGCUUACGACCAACGAAGCAAUUGACUGGGCUCAGCAUCCCUCCAAUCCCUUCAAUUGGUUGUUGUGGCAAAAAUGGACAACCAUGGGCAUAGCAUGCUGGGUUACAUUUAUCGUUGGACUUAAUGCCACCUCCAUCACGACAGCCUCAGCUCCGAUUUCAUCCAAAUUCCACUUGUCGAAUAGCGCUCUCGACGUCAGUUUUUUCCCUUCGACCGCAUGGAAUGCCGCAGCGGCCGUCGCUCCCUUGGUCACGCUGCCUUUGAUGGAUACAUAUGGAGUGAGGGCUGGAUAUGUGACAUACUUCAUUUUAUUCUGCAUCUUCCUCAUACCGCAAGCUUUAGCUGAAAACUUCGCAACCCUUGUGGUCUGUCGCGUGUUUGCUGGUAUUUUUGGCGGUACUGUGCAGAAUGCAGCUGAUGGCAUUGCUGCCAACAUGUUUCCAUCUCACUCCGAACGCGCGUUGCCCUUGACUGUGUACGUACUUUCGCUUCUUUUAGGUGUUACAAUGGGCCCUGUCUUGGGCGCCGUGGAGGAGCCGCUGGGAUGGCGCUGGAUCAUCUGGAUUCAACUCAUCAUCUGUGGAGCAUCUAUCCCUCUUGUCGUCGUAUUUAUGAGAGAGAGUAGAGGCUCCGUUAUCCGUAGCCGUCUUCAUAAAGCUGGCAUAGUGGCUGAUCAGGAUGAGAUCAAAGAAUCUCCGGCGAGGAUUCUCACGGAAACUAUUUUCCGCAGUGGUGUACUUCUCACUACGGAGCCGACAAUCAUAUCCAUGACCACCUGGUCUUCAUUCACAUUCGGCCUUAUUUUUAUUUCAACACAGUCGGUACCACUUGUCUUCACAGAUAUUUACGGCUGGUCCGAUGCCAGUGGUGGUAUUGUGCAAGUCAGCAUUGGGAUAGGGCAGCUUUUAGGGUUCGCAGCCUGUUUGGUACAGAACAAGGUCUACACUCGUAGUGCAGCCUCUAACAAGGAAGCAGUGGGAGCGCCAUUACCCGAGUCUAUUUUGUACCUUUCAAUCCCUAGCACGGCUAUUGCUCUGGCCGGUGGGCUUUUCAUGUACGGCUGGGGCAUUUUCCAGUCUCACUGGAUUGUCCCGGCAAUAGGAUUGGGUCUUACUGGGUUUGCAAUUAUCACAGUUGUGCAUGCUGUUACCAUAUACGUUACCGAUGAGUAUGCAGCUUGUGCCGCGAGCGCCAUUGCAGCCGUGGCAUUUGGGGAGAAUCUCUUUGCAGCAUUUCUCCCGCUGGCUGCAAAGCCGAUGUACUUGCGUUUAGGUUUCCAGUGGGCAAGCACAUUGCUAGCAUUUGUUGCGUUGCUAUUGACGUUGGCGCCGAUCAUGAUUGUAUUUAGAAGGCGUGGUGUUAGACACAAGCCCAUUAUGGUCAGCAGACAACCUGAUGUGCGGCCUGGGCUAUAA